AUGAAGAGUUUGUCAAAUAUUAAAGAAAAAGGGUUAAAUACUUUUCUUCAAUGGGAACUGCCAGAUGCUGUUAAAGCUGAUUUUGCUCUUGUUUUGGCAUUAUCUAUUUCCCAUAAAAUUAAAAAAAAUCCCCUAGAAGUGGCUCAUGAAAUAGUAAAAGCAACUGCUUGUUUUAAUUUAGAAUACACUAUUACUAAGCAAGGUUAUAUUAACUUUCGUUUUCCUACUGCUUAUUAUCAACAAUUUUUUAUUGAAACAUUAGCCAAAGAGGGUCAAAAUUUUUGUGGUGAAAAAAAAGGCCUUCGACUGAAUCUAGAAUAUGUUUCUACCAAUCCCACUGGCUAUCUCCAUUUAGCCCAUUUUCGACAUGCAGUUAUUGGUAAUACUUUGGCUAAUGUUUAUCAAUUUGGUGGUUAUGAAGUGAUUAGGGAAUAUUAUAUUAAUGACCGUGGAGGGCAAAUUACUUCUUUAGUUAGUUCGGUUUAUCAUUUUUAUCAUCAAAUACAAAAUGUUUCGCUUCCAAAUUUAAAAAAAAUAGAGUAUUCAGGUCAUUCAAGUCAAGAAUUAGCUCAAAAGUUAAUAGAAAACGCUUGGCAGUUAUUAGGAUAUGAUCCAGGAAAAUUACAAAUAAUUUUAGUUCAAAUGGUUAAUUUGCUUACUAAAGAAGGGCAAACGGAGAGGUUUUCUAAGCGAGCCGGCAAUACUAUUGAACUAGAAGAAACUUUGCGAUACUUGGAAAUAGACCAAUUAAAGUUUUUCUUAUUGGAAAAGGAACCUAAUCAACCUCUUUCCAUUAAUGCUGAAUUAUUAAAAGAGAACAAAGAAAAGACUCGGCUUUAUUAUAUCCAAUAUGCUUAUGCUCGUUGCCAUCAAAUUUUUCAGAAGGCCUUUCAGAAAAAUAUGGGGAAAAUUAGUUCCAGAAUCGAUUUAUUAAAAGAGCAAAACGAAAGAGAAAUAUUUAAUUUAUUAGUUCGCUUUCCGUUGGUUUUAGAGAACAUUAGAGCAGAAAAUAAACCCCACCAUUUGAUAUAUUACUUGUAUGAAUUAGCCCGAACUUGGCAAGUCUAUUACCAAAAUAGCAUUAUUUUAGAAUCUAAAACUCCCGAAUUAACUGCCCAAAAACUACUUUUAGUCAAAAAUAUUCAAAUAAUUUUAAAACUGGGGUUGGAUUUGAUGGGGAUAACCGCACCUAAUAUUAUGUAG